UAUGAGCAGGCUGGAGGGAGGCCUCAGGUCCAGUCUGCUGAGGAGAUUAUCUUCCAGGAAUUCUCCCCAGCGUAACAACAGUCUGCAGCGUCAAGAGGCCCACCAAAUGGGGGGAAGUGGAGACGACAGUGGACCAGGAAGGCUCAGCCGGAGACUGUCUCGUCUGGGUAGCAGGCAUCAGUCCAGGGACCCUCCGAGACCUCCAGCCCAGCCAGACAGGCCUGCUGCUGCAGCCAACAGACCUGUUCCACAAGAUGAGAGGCCCUUUCUGCCAGCCCCAGCUCCAAUUCCUGCCCCAGCACCACCUCCACUUCCACCUGCAGCCUCAAAGCCUCCUGCCCUUCCACCUGUGGAAACGCCCCCUAAGCACCCAAACAUCCCCCCGAAGCCGAGGCUUCCCCCUCGGCCUCUCUGUAGGGUGUUCAGCAGCAAUGAGCAUGGGACAGAUGUCUUGCAGCGCUUUGAGACUUUUCGGGGAGAUGAAACUCUAUGCGACGUUCUCCUGGUUCCUGGGGACAGCACUGACACCUUCCCAGUCCAUAGGGUCAUUAUGGCUUCAGCCAGUGAUUACUUCAAGGCCAUGUUCACUGGGGGCAUGAGAGAGCAGGAUAUGAGAGAGAUCAAGUUGCAUGGGGUCACUAAGACGGGUUUGAAGAACAUCAUAGACUUCAUCUACACAUCCAGAGUGAGCCUCAACCUGGCUAACCUUCAGGACACACUGGAGGCUGCCAACUUCCUGCAGGUCCUGCCUGUCCUGGGCUUCUGCAAUCAGCUGCUCAGCAGCGAGAUCACCAUUGAUAACUGUAUAGAGGUGGAGCGCAUUGCCACAGACCUUCUCUUGGAGGAUGUACAGCUGAACAUAGGUGAGUUUGUAAGUCAGCACCUGUCAGAGUUGGUGCAAAGUGGGUGCUACCUGCAGCUGUCUGAGACCAGCCUGGCCAACGCUCUAGCAAGCAACUCCCUUAAAGGCUUCUCUGAAAUGGAGCUUUACCACAUCGCCAGAGCAUGGCUGGACCACGAUGCCCCCAAACGCCACUCCUCUGUCUACGCCCUGAUGCGCCACAUCCGCUUCCCACUGAUGAGCCCUACUGAGCUGAUACAGAUCUCCCAGGAUGACGAGGAGGGAGGCGAUACCAUGAUGCGCUCUGAUACGGCCUGCGUCAACCUCCUACUGGAGGCCAGCAACUACCAGAUGAUGCCUUUCCUGCAGCCGGCCCUGCAGACCGAGCGAACACAAAUACGCUCAGAUGCCACACAUCUGCUGGCACUGGGUGGGGUGAUGAGGCAGCAGCUGGUGGUGAGCCGGGAGCUGAGGCUGUAUGAUGAGAAGAGCGGCCAGUGGAGAGCCCUGAGUCCCAUGGAAGUGCCACGCUACCAGCAUGGUGUGGCACUGCUAGGCGGCUUCCUCUUCAUCGUUGGAGGCCAGAGCACCUAUGACACCAAAGGUAAGACGGCCAUUGACAGCGCCUACCGAUAUGACCCACGCUUCGAUAAGUGGCUUCAGAUCGCCUCACUCAAUGAGAAGAGGACCUUCUUUCACCUCAGUGCUCUGAAGGGGAAACUCUAUGCAGUUGGGGGCAGGAAUGCCUCAGGAGAGAUUGACACGGUGGAGUGCUACAACCUGAAGAAGAAUGAGUGGACGUUUGUGACUCAGAUGGUGGAGCCCCACUAUGGACAUGCUGGGACAGUCAGUGGGGACCUCAUGUACAUCUCAGGUGGCAUUACCAGGGACACAUUCCAGAAGGAGCUCUGGUGCUACAACCCCAUUAGUGAUACAUGGAGCCGACGGGCAGACAUGACUGAGCUCCGUGGUCUACACUGUAUGUGCACUGUAGGGGACCGUCUCUAUGUCAUGGGUGGGAAUCACUUCCGGGGCAGCAGUGACUAUGACGACGUCCUGAGCUGUGAAUACUACAGUCCCAAGCUGGACCAGUGGACGGUGGUGGCACCCAUGCCACGGGGCCAGAGCGACGUUGGGGUGACGGUGUUUAACGGGAAGAUCUACGUGGUGGGGGGCUAUUCUUGGAACAGCAGAUGCAUGGUUGACAUCGUGCAGCGUUAUGAUCCAGAACGGGACAUAUGGGACAGAGUUUUUAAUGUUCUGGAGCCCCUCGGGGGAAUUCGUGCCUGUACGAUGACCGUUCAUCUGCCUGAGGGAGCGGUGCACGAGGCUCAGAUACAGGAGUGCCCACUACCUACAGCCAAAAGCUGAGGGGGCACAGCAGCUAGGCAAGUCUUGUCUUUUGAGGUCAGUGCUGUGAGGGUGAGAUUAAAGGGGCAUGAGCCAUGACUUUUAUCUGUAUUGCCCCCUGCUGGUGGCCAUUAGGAAUUACAAAAAACAGACAGCUUUGUCCCAUCCUACAAAGGUCUCUGGCACUUCUUUCCAAAUCUCACCAUGCAUGAAUUAAUAUAAGCUCAUUAGAGGGAAGGCUGAUCAGAAACAACUAGAAAGAUAGUAAAUUAUCACCAUAUUAAUUAUUAAUAUUAAUACCGAUUUGUCAUUUAUUUUUGAGGUUUUUUUAACCCCUGUAGCUGAAAUGUUUUCCAUCAAGGAGCACUUGAAAAUGUGUAUACCAGUUUCUUGAAACUGCAAACUAUGUGCGGAUCGUCCGUACUCACAUUGCACAGUACCUGACCAAGUAACUAUGGAGUCACUAGUAGUAACCAACAGCCUUAUCAACCACCCAGAGAUAUGGUCACUUUAUGAUAAUGGCAGUAAAGAUCUUACAUAUUGUCAUUUUAUCACCAUUUUUUUUUUGUUUUCCAUCAGCAAUCCUAUAUAAUGUUCACAUCAAUGAUGGAUGUGAAGUAAAAUAGACUUUUGAGUAGAUUUUUUGAGUAUCAGCUCUUGCCUCUGAGCUCAUGUGGUUAAGUUUUAAAAGGAAUAAGAUCCCCAGGGGAUGUUGAUUCUGUGAAAAGUAAACAAAUAUAGACAGCUAGAGGCUUCUAGAUUUUUAUUUCUGUUUUAUGUUGCUUGAGUGCUAACUGAGGCAAUUACAUCCAGGCCAGACAGGUUACCUCGACCUGUGUGUGACAGCUGCUUCGCUGAACUGCUGCCACUCUCCAGCAUGUUGGUGUCCACACAAACAGCGGUGUUGGUGUAGGGCUGCUAAUGACAGCCUUGUGUUUUACAGUGAGUUUACCUUUGAUAAUGGCCAAUGUCAUUUUUUCUAUCUCUGGAACAGAAGGUCAUGGCAACACAGGACCUAGACUGGCAAGUUCAGCAUCCCUGAAAACCCAAGUGGGGGCCCCAUGUUUUCCAUGCAAUUGCUAAAAUAGUUUGUAUAAAAAAAAAUUUCAUGUCUGUGACAUAUUCUGCAGAUAUCAAUAUUAGUGAAAGGUGUCAGUUAUGUAAUGUUGCUGGUAAACUGUCAAUAUGACUAUCAGCAGAUAAUUUCUCUAUCUAUUUUUGCUGAGAACCAUGUGCCUCAUGCAGAGAAAAUAGAGGUUCCGCGGCACACGUGCACUGCUCAGGUAGACAGUGUGGCCCAAACAUUACUGUCAAAGCAAUCAAACUGUAUUAUCUGCAGCUGUGAGUGGUGUUUACAUUGGUUUGGCUUGGAUAAUUUGAGUUUGUAUAUUUACAUCAAC